CUUUAGGCAGGCGGUAAUCCCCCCCAGACAUACUGACAUCACCUCAGCUCCAUCUCCAUCUCCAUCAAUCCCGAGGACUGCAACUCAACCCCCGUACAAUACUAACCCCAAUCACAAACCAAAAUGGCCUCGAUACAAUCCAUCCGACGCCCCCUAACAACCCUCGCAUCCCGCACCACAAAGCAAAUCUCCGCCCCGCCAACAACCAGACCUCUAUUCCGCGCCAUCCCGCAAACAACGAGAGCCUUCGGAACAGCACCACCAUCACCAUGUCUGGCUCGCGGAAUUCCCUCCGUACGUCGCAUGAAGUUGGCCCCAGUCCAACAGAACUUCUGCCGGUGGAAAAGUGACGGUGAACCCACUUUCAGACAAUGGGGGUUUGAGGAUAUCAACGCCUCCCUCCCGACCUCACCAGGAACAAAGCCCCAAAAGAACCUCAUCCUCGUUGACGUGCGGGAGCCCGCCGAGUUGAAAUCUACGGGUAUCAUCCCGUCCGCUGUCUCCGUGCCACUUGCGUCGCAGCCGGAUGCGUUUUUCCUCACGCCGGAGGAGUUCGAGACGAGAUUUGGAUAUCCUAAGCCUGGGGCUGGGGAGGAGGGUGAUGUUGUGUUUUACUGUAAGGCUGGAGUGAGGGCGAAGGCUGCGGCGCAGUUGGCGGUGCAGGCUGGGUAUGAGGCCGAGAGGGUUGGGGUUUAUGAGGGGAGUUGGUUGGAUUGGGCGGAUAGAAAGGGUAGGGUUGAGAGGUGGGAGGGAGAGUCGGAGUAGUUUUUUUUUUGUGUCUCCUCUCUCUUUCUUUUUCCCUUUCGUUUUGAGCUUAUGUGGGAAGGGUUUUGAGGGUUGAU